UAUUUAUGUGUUUUUGUAACAUCACCCAUUUUUGAGAAUGUGGACCAUACAAAUGAUUGAAAACGUAACAUUUUCCUAAAAAUGACACGAUUGACUUUUUGUGAGGGGGAUACAACUGUUCACUCCGUUCUUGGAGCUGCAAGUUCAUUUGUUACUCUGCUUGCUGCUGUUAAUCCUGCUUACCCUCUUUUUCCUUUCGUUGCCAUGGAUAUACUAUUUCUAUGGCAACUGCAUGCCUUUGUGGAUGGCCUCAGGCCCCCUCUGUAGAAGACUCUCUGAACCUUUCAUUACACUUUUACUUUGAGCUCACAGACAAAUCACACAAGUCACACAUGGUUUUACUUCAUCUUUAGUUUUCCUUUUGACCUUUUAUUUCUCUUGUCUUUUGCCAGUCAUACAAUUGCGUCUUACAUUCUGUUAUUAAUUCCAACUACUAAAGCUGCUUUGAGGGUAAAUUACACCCCAGGAUCUCACUUUGUGAAUCAUGACACUUGAUGCUGCAGAAGAAAGCCGAUCAGAUUUGUACGACUUGUUAGCCAAGCGAGUCAAGACCUCAAGCUUUCUAAUCUUCAAUGGUAGAAACCAGAUCUCCGCUUCAAAGAUACAUGAGAAGUCCUUGGAAACAGAAAAUAGAGAUGAGGAGCUUCUCCAGAAGAAAGUGCUGCAUGUAAGAGAGAGUGAAAGGUGGGAAGGGAGUGAGGCUGUGAUCUUCCCGAGGCUCCCAUCUGUCUUGUGCGGAGCAGGCAGGUGGGGCUCUCCACCUGCUGAAUGAACCCUGUCAGUGUCGGGGGGUACCAUGGGCUGCGGGUGGGCUCGGCCCUGCUCAGCAUUGUGGCUGGCUGCAUUAUUAUCGGGGUGUCCCGGGACUGUGAUGCUGAUGCCGUGGGUGGAAUCUUCCUGGGAGCUGGAGGCCUUGGUAUGCUUAUAUCAGUCUAUCCCUUCAUAAAAGCCUGGCUGAACAUCAACAACAUUCUUCCUUACUUUGGAAACUUCCGAGUUCACCCCACAGCAGUCACUCCAGCUCCAGAUUUACCAGCUGAAACUCUAAGACGAGAAGGAACUCAAGUCCAGCUGGAACGUUCCAAGAGUCGCAUGGGAACCUUUGUGGAGGGUGGACCGAUACCCGAGCACAGUCCAGAUGAGGGGGCUUCUUCAGACAUGCCAGAUGUCCUAGCGAGACGGAAACUGAAGCAAACAUCUUCCGACCAAGACCUGCCAUGAUAUCAUCACCAUGAGACGUCAGCCCAAAGAGACACCAAGACUUGCCUUCCAGUUGCUGUGCGAGCUGAGAACUCCUUUAAGUUAUGUUGUCUAAUAAAUCAGCGAUGAUUAAAUUA